CAGCGAGCGGACGGUUUGCGGCAGGAGGUCGGUCGGUCGGUCGGCCGUUUGGCGCCUCGUGAGUCGGUGGGUUUUUUUUUAAAAAAAGUGAUAGAUAUAUAUUUAAAGAAAAAGAAAAAAAAAAGUGAGUCCCCCCCGGGGAAAGGGGGGGGGGGAGAGAAUUUCCGUCCAAAAAACCUGCAGCGCGAUGGAAAGAGCGCGAAAACUGAGCUAAAAAAGGAGGGGGGGGUCAAAAAAAAAUAGGGCCUCGGAAGCCAGCGGUGAAAAGCUCUUGAAAUGGAAAACUACCAGAAAGCCAAAAUCACAGAACUGCCAACAGAACUGCCAUUCACCAACCUCCCGAAGGAUAUAAUUGAAAUGAAGGUGAAAGAAGGCAGCAAAAUCAGAAACCUGAUGGGCUACGCCAUUGGGAAAAUGGAAUCGGACGACACCAGGGUGAUGCUUUUCACCGGCACUGGCAGAGCGGUGAGUAAAGCCAUCACCUGUGUGGAGAUAAUGAAGAGAAGGCUGAAGGGACUCCAGCAGAUCACUAAGCUGUCUUACAAACAGGUCGAGGAGCUGUGGGAUCCCAUCGCCACCGAGGCAGGGUUAGACAGUCUAACCGUGAAGAGAAACCUCCCUGCCAUCUGGGUCUUGCUAUCCAAAGACAGUCUGGACCCGAGCGAGCCGGGUUACCAGGCGCCCGGGUCCUUCGACGCUCUGUGGAUUAAUUCGCUAAAGGAGGAGGCGCAGGUUCAAAGGAAGAAGAGGAGAGGAGGAGGUGGAGGAGGCAUGACAGGGAAAGGCAGUAAGCAGCCAGGAUCGGGAAAGGGAGAAAUACCCAAGAAAGCCAGAAGCUGAGGGCAGGGGGAGAGAGCCAAAAUGGACAAAUGUGUACCAUAAAGAACAAUUCUCAAUUUGCUUUUUUUUUAAAAAAGUCUCAUGGACCAUCUUCUUAUUUGUGCUAAAUAUCACCCUCAGUGUGUUUGCACACACUGUACACUGGGUGUCCCUGUGCUUCACAAGAAUCCCUGACAUUCAGCCACUAGAAACAAUGUACAUAUGUAAUGUAUGUAAAUUACAGCUGCUUCGUCUGUGUUUUGCCUUCUGCCUGUUGAUGAAUGACUCCUUUUGUGGUCCCAAAAGAGAUAAAUGACUAGCGAGGUUUCAAAAAGCUUGUGUAUUGCAUUAACCACCACCCCCCCAACCCCCGGUUGGCCAGACCAAUUGAUGGUGGCAGUAGGGAGAUAGAUGCAAGCCAGAUUUACUGGCUAGGUGUAAUUCCCAUGCAGGUAAAGACCAUUUACUGCCUUUUUGAUGUGGGCCUUUUUUCAGCGCUGGCUUUUUUCAAUGCCAAUUUUUUUUAAUUGUUUGAAUCCCAGGAGCAAAAGCUUAGCAAAUAAGCUACCUUCUAUUCGUGUGUAUCAAACUAAGCUAAAGUGGAUAACCCUGCCUGACCACUGAAGGUCAGCAAGCCGGGGCGAUGGGCCGUGCGUUAGGAGAGUGGAACAGCGGGAGUCAACAUGCGCGAGGGCUUGCAGAUUUUUUUAAAUUCUGUUUCAGGCCCGGUCUGGCUGUGUACAAAUUCCUUAUACUCUUAAUGAGAGUUUACUGCACUAGAAUUUUGUCAUGUGCUUCCUUCUUUCACUUAAGUUAAACCAGUAUGAACCACUGAACUCCAGACUUAUAAGUGAAAGACCAAUUUUUUGUUGGCCAGGACACCGGGAGAAACGCCCUUCUCUUUUCAAAUAGUGCUGUGGGAGUUUUAACUUCCAGCUGAACAGGGACCCCGGUUUAGCAUCUCAUCCAAAGGACAGCACCUCCAACAAUGCAGCGUUCCCCUGCAAUGUGCUGGAGUGUCAACUUAGACUAUAUGAGUUCAAAGUUCUGAUGUGGUGCUUGAAACCCCAAACUUCUCUCUUGGAAGGGGGAGUGCUAAGUACUGAACAAUUGAAAGUUACAGUGAUAAAUACAAUCCCGUUUGAAAUUGCAAUUUAACUUCCAGCAGUCUGUUUCAUGUCUUACUUCAGUCCUGCGCACCCACAUCAAAAAUAGGACAUAUACUGCAGCCACAGGGGUUAAUGAUGUGGGAUGUUUUAUUACUGGUCAUUUUGUUUACGAAUGGGGACGAGGAAACGCCAGCAUUCGUUAAGGAACAAGUUUGCUGCGCUUUAGCAAGAUUAAAUGUUACUGAAACCGCAAGAGAAGUGUUUGUAAAUAUUGCUCUUUGUUGGUUUGAAAUGAAGACAUGUCACGUCAACAAGAUGAAAUGGCCCUCUAUAAAAUGGUGCUUUGUGUGCCUCCGUUAAUAAGUU